AACAUUGGUGAUAAGAGAAUCUGUUGAACCACUAUUGGAAGAGUAUAGACCUCCUGGAAUUACUUCAUUGAAGUUUAGCAAGCUGUCUCUUGGAAAUGUUGCUCCAAAAAUUGAAGGUAUUCGUGUUCAGAGUCUUAACAAAGGUCAAAUCAUAAUGGACAUUGAUUUCCGUUGGGGUGGUGAUCCCAAUAUUGUCUUGGCUGUUGAAGCUGCCCUUGUUGCAUCAAUCCCUAUUCAGUUGAAGGAUCUUCAGGUUUUCACCAUUAUCCGUGUUAUAUUCCAACUAUGUGAUGAGAUCCCCUGCAUUUCUGCUGUUGUUGUUGCCCUACUUGCUGAGCCGAAGCCUAGAAUUGAUUACACUCUGAAGGCUGUUGGUGGAAGCUUGACGGCACUUCCAGGAAUUUCAGAUAUGAUUGAUGAUACUGUGAACUCAAUUGUUACCGAUAUGCUCCAAUGGCCUCAUAGGAUUGUCGUUCCUCUUGGGGGUAUACCUGUUGAUACUAGUGAACUGGAGCUUAAACCCCAGGGAACGCUUAGAGUGAAUAUAAUAAAAGCGAAUGAUCUAAAGAAUAUGGAAAUGAUUGGGAAGUCUGAUCCUUAUGUUGUUUUGCAUAUUCGACCACUUUUUAAGGUUAAAACGAAGGUUAUUGACAACAACUUGAAUCCUGUUUGGAAUGAGGUAUUUGACUUGAUUGCAGAGGACAAGGAGACCCAGUCACUCGUUCUCGAGGUUUUACACAACUAAUCCUCUUUUAUGUCACUCAUUCGAUUAUAACUUCUAUUUAUUUAUUAUUUGAGAUGCUUGCAAGUUGACCAUGAUACCUCCUGAUUACAAUAUUAAAAAUUUGUCAUAUAAAGUGAUUAUUGAUGAAGACAUUGAAGAGAUUGAAGGAGAUAUAAAUCAUAGGAU